GAUAUAUAUAGUUUUGGAAUGAUUAUGUGGGAAGUAAUGGUAGGAAGAAAACCUUUUUGGGAUAGAAAUCAUAAUACAGAACUUAUAAUUGAAAUAUGUGAUGGUUUACGUCCACCAAUUAUUACAAAUGCGCCUAGGGGUUUUAUUAAUUUAAUGAAAAAGUGCUGGCAUCCUGAUCCGGAAAUAAGACCAACCGCAGCUGAAGUAAAAAAAGUAAUUCAUGAUAUAAUUUAUAAUGGAAAUGUGAAUCAAAUUGAAAUUAUUAAAUCAUCAGAUAUUGGACCUGUAACAACCAAUAACCCAGGUGCCAUAUAUAAGAGUAGAUAUUUAAGUGAUAUGAUAAAAUCUGCAGCUUCCACAAGAAGUUUAAGAAGCAAAUCUAUUACUUCAGAAGAUCACCAAAGAAGUUCUAAUAACAAAAGAAAAUCCCGAAAAUUUGAAGAUAAUAAUCAAUCUGAAAAUAACUUUGACAAUGGCGAAAGUAUUAAAAAAAUUAAACUAAUUGAAGAUAAGAAUAAUGGUAAAGAAAGGAUAUCCCGAAGGGUCACCCGUCAAAUGGCCCGCGUUAUGCAGAAUUCAGAGUCACGUGAUGAGUAUGACCAGCAUUAGAGUUUCAGGAUUUUUACCUGUAGAGAAAUCGGGGUUUUCAUACUUGUUUUUUUUUAUUAUUAGUUAUAUUAUUAUUAUUAUUUUCUUUGUUAUAUUAUUUGAAGAUUAGCUAUAUGUAAGAUAUUGGUAAUCAAUAUAUACGAAUUAAAAGAUAUAAAUAUGAUGUCAAGUUCAAUUAUUAGAAUAUGUUUAGAUAAUAAUAUCUGAUAUUCAUUUUAGAGGAUAAAUUGGAGAAUGGGGAGGUAGAUUAGGAAUCCUUUAUUUGGAAAUUUUAAAUAGGCUACAAAAAAUUUAUAUCAUUUAGUGUCUUCUUAUAUUCUUAAGAAUAUAAUUAAAAGUCGAAUAAAGCUUUUGAAGAAUUGAAUCAUUAUAAUGGUUAUGAUAUGGUAUUUAGGAUUUGUGCAAAGAAAAAUGUUGAAAAAAGAAAAUCUUUAAAAAAAAUUGUUCG